AUGAGGGGCGAUCUCGAAACCACCAAGGCCGAAAAGGCUCUUCACGAUCAGACUAAUAUACUUCCUUUGAAGCAGCUGAUGGUCGUUUUUGCAACUUUGGCAAUCACCCUCCUUAUUGCGUUCAUCGAUCAAAAUGGCAUCAGUAUCACAUUACCGACAAUCGCCGCCGACCUCAAUGCCGAAGACACGAUAUCCUGGGCGGGAACGUCAUCGCUCAUCGCCAACACUACUUUCCAAAUGCUUUAUGGACGAUUCUCAGACAUCUUCGGCCGGAAAGCUGUGUUCCUGAGUGCGAUUGGCCUGUUGGCAUUGGCAGACCUUCUUUGCGGGCUCUCACAAAAUGCGGCCAUGUUCUACAUCUUUCGAGGCAUUGCUGGAAUUGGUGGUGGCGGUAUCACAAACCUGGCCAUGAUCAUUGUGUCUGAUGUUGUAACUCUCGAGCAACGUGGCAAGUACCAAGGCAUCAUUGGUUCAAUGGUCGGGCUAGGAAACGUUCUUGGCCCUUUUCUUGCCGCUGCCUUUAUGGAGAGGGCAACGUGGAGAGCUUUCUUCUACAUGCUAUCACCUCUCGGAGUUAUCGUUGGAGUCAUCUGCUACUUCUUCUUACCUUCAAAGCCACCCAACGACGAUUUCAAAAAUAGCGUCAAGAAAAUCGAUUACGCUGGGUCAUUCACUUCGUCUCUCGGCGUCAUUUUGUUACUUAUUCCAAUUUCGGGAGGUGGCGCCUAUUUUCCAUGGAAUUCGGCAAUGGUAAUUAGCAUGUUGACCAUUGGAGCGCUCGCUCUUGUGUCAUUUAUCAUCGUUGAGUGGAAGUUUGCCAAGUUGCCAAUGAUGCCGAGUAAGUUUCCCUUUGAUGCGUGUACCCUAUUGGAUCGAUGGCCUGACGUUGAGCUAGUCCCGAUUUUCAAGAACAAGGUUGUCGUGGUUAUGUUGGUGCAAACCUUCUUGUUCGGAGCUGCAUAUCAAUCUUAUCUUUACUACAUCCCGCUGUACCUUCAAAAUGCCCACCAGUUUUCGGUGAUGCACUCAGCGGCCAUUUACGUCUCUCUCGUGGUCUGUCAGUCGGUCUUUUCGAUCCUAUCGGGUCAAUACAUAUCUCGUACUAAGCGAUACGGAGAGGUAAUCUGGCUGGGAUUUGGGUUUUGGACCCUGGGCGCCGGUCUCACAUUGAUCUUCGAUCGAAACACGAAACCGGGCAUCAUUGUCAUCCCGCUACUGAUUGUCGGCAUCGGCGUUGGCUUCAUCUUCCAGCCGACCCUGGUCGCACUCCAGGCGCACUCAAUCAAGUCGAGACGAGCUGUCAUCACAUCCAACCGCAACUUUUUUCGGUGCGCCGGUGGUGCAUGCGGUCUAGCUAUUUCUGCUGCGAUUCUUCAGGCGACUCUUCGAGCAAACCUUCCGGCGGAGUUCAAGUACUUGUCAAGCAGCACGUACUCGAUUCCUCAGCUCAGCAGCGACGACAUGUCAAGAGUCUUGGACGCAUACAUGGCAGCGAGUCGUGCUGUUUUCAUCUUUCAGAUUCCGUUGGUUGGUCUUUGCUUAGUCGGGUGCUUGUUAAUCAAAGAUCGCGGCCUGGAGCCAAUUGACGAUACGAAGCCGGAGGACACAUCGAGCGAAAGCCGAGACGAGGAGGAAGGUAUUUCACGGGAGAAGACUUCCGAGAGAGUUGGCGCAAACGAAGAUCCAAGUUUGACAAACACAAGAAAUUAG